AGUUGCAGGGGCAGCCCACGGGUAGGCAGAGACAGCAGGUCCAAACCCCUCUUGCCUGUGAUGAUUGGCUUAUACACUGUAGCCUGCCCCAGUGUGUGGGGGCUCAAUGGUGACUGGCAGUAGCCAAAGACUGAGGCAGCAGCCAUUCCCAGGCCUUCACCAAGUUCAAAGCCUGCGGAUUCCUAUUUUUGAUGACCCUUUGGAGGACUUGUAUAAGUAUUUUGAACAGUGCAGCAAUGCCAUAGAGGACACAGUACAAAGUGGUGGAAAAUGCUUAGUUUACUGUAAAAAUGGCCGCAGCAGAUCUGCAGCGAUCUGCACUGCCUAUCUGAUGAGACACCAAAAUCUCUCACUCAAGGAUGCCUUUGAGACUGUGAAGACUGCCAGACCAGGAAUAAAGCCCAACACAGGAUUCUGGUAUCAGCUGCAGAGAUAUGAAGAACAUUUACAGAUGCAACAUCAGUUGGGUCAUUCUUCUGAAAAAAUGAUUUCUUCCAAAUAUAAUUCUGAUUAAAUUUUUCAAAGUUAAAUACAAUUGCUUCUAAAAGGCCUAGCAGGGCUGCAAAACCAACUAGAAGAACAUAAUACAUCCAGCCUUCUCUAUGUGUUUUUGAGGUUUGCAUGACAUUCAGAUUCUGCAGACUUUUUAAAAAAAAAAAAAAUUCUAACCUUUAUGGGUGCAAAGAUAAUCUUCCAAAUAUGAACAGAGUAUAACCAAAGCAGUAUUUUCCCCCAUCCUGUAAAAACCUACAACAAUGACAUGAGGUGUGAAUUUCCUGAUUCUCCAUUCAGCUCAGUGGGGUGCAGCUUUAAAGCCUAAUGAAGACUAAGUAUUUAACUGUUCAUCAUUUUGGCAGAUGAAAGGGGGUAGGAGAGCAGCCCCCAGGUGGUGGAAAUUGCUGCAGGGAAAAAAGUAGAGUGAAGCAAGGAAGAGAAAUGAAGAGGGACAAACAGAAAGGAUAGGGAAGGUAAAAAAGUGGCCCUGUCCUAAUGGUGAGCAUGUUUUCUCUUUUGAGUAAUACUAAAUAGUUACUAGGAUACUGAACAAAUAACUCUUCAUUACUACAUACAGGCUAUAUUCUACUCUUGAUCUUGGUACAAAGCUCCCAACAACAUGAGUGGGAGAACUACUGUGCUUUGAACAGUAUAUAAUUCAAAUCUGUACCCCAUCCAUUGGGCAAUAGUUAAGAGUUGAAUCUAGACUCUCCACAAAAUAAAUUUGACAGCCCUCACCUACUUGUUCAUGAGUAGGUCUAGAACUAGAAUAGAGGGGCAUUGUAGACCACAGGCUGAAUACUGGCAGAGUUCUGUGUGGGGAAUCUUA